UUCUGUCUCGUUUGUUAAUUAAAAAGGAAAAACCAUAAAAUUUACGCGAUAAUAAAAGUUUCGUUUGGUUGCGUAAAAUUAAAUAAGUUAAAGCAGCUGCGGCUGCACAAGGCGUGUGAUAAAAGUGCACAAAAGUCUGGCCGACAAAAUUUUCAGCGAAGCAAGACACAAAGAGCAAACAAAAGAAACAAUGCAAGAACGAAACGGCAAUAGCGCAUGCAACUCUUCUAUCUAAAUAAAACAAAACAAAGGAGAAACAAAGGAUAGAUACAAUAAGAAGAGCGAAUGAUGAAGCAGGCGAAACUAAACUGAACAGACGAGUGUAUUACAGGAAAAAAAUGUACGCUAACAAACAAAUGUAAUGCUUUAUUAAAUUGAAAUGCAAACAUGAGUGUAAACUAAAAGUACGACAAACAAAUAUGUAUACAAAAGUGCAAGUGAAAGGAGAAAAUCCAUUGUCGCGAUAGGCUCGUUGAACUGUGAGUGCAAGCGUAUGUGCGUGUGCGUGUGAGAGUGUAUAUGUCUGUGUGUGUGUGCGUGGAAUUUGAAUUGGGAUUGGGGUUGCUUGGUGUAUUGUGAAAAGUGAUAAACGACCAAAAGACUUAAACCUAAACCUCCCCCACCCCCACCAUCAGCAACUGCUGCAUUGCCUAAGCAAUAAAAAUGCCCAGUGCAUCGUUCACCUCAUCGCGCACCUAUGUGCGCCGUUCCAGGCGAAAAGGUGCGAACCGCAUUGCCAUGCCGAAUCGUCCUGCUGGCAACAUUAUGGAUCCUAUGCUGCAACAAGGCGUGCACGCCCAGCCCAGCAAUGCCAAUGUCGCCUCCAACAGCGCUAGCACAUCAAACGCUGUCGGUGCCAGCACCAGCAGCAGCGCAGUCAACAGCGGCGCUGCUGAAUAUUUUGACAGUGGCCAAGCCAGUGGCAGUGGCGGUAACAGUAGCGCGGCCAGUGGCAGCUCGACAGGUUCCACAGCUGCUGGCAGCAGCGGCGUCAGUCAGAAUCAAAGCAUAGGCAAUAUCUAUAAUGCUGUGCAGAUUAUGGACACCACGGAGCCCAGUUCAUCACUGGCCAGCAGCAGUUCAUCAGCUGCAGCUGCCGCCGGACCAAGCAGCAGCAGCAACAGCAGCAAUCUCACCUGCAAUUCAAAUUUUCCCAGCACAUCUUCUGCCAGUCAAAGCAGCAGCAGUAGUAGCAGCGCUAGUGGUAGUGGCGGCGGCGUUGCCACGUCCUGCUGCCAUCAGUCGCCAUAUGAUUUACGGCGUAAAAUCUCUAGCCAUGAGCAGUGGUGUGCCGCCGCCGCUGGUGCAAGUGCAGGUCAAGCGGUUGCCAUUAUGGUGGGUCCUUCGAGCAGUUCGCCGCCUUUAUUGAAUCCCAGCACAUCACCCACCAACUCUACAACGUCAACAUCUUCAGCCACAUCAUCUUCAUCAUCAUCCUCAUCGUCUGCCGCCUCCUCGCCCAGCGCCAUUGUACAGGCGCCCUCAACUAGCGCCACAUUUCCCGUGAACAAUGCGCCCACCACAGGCGCCACCUUGGCGCAGCCGCCCAAUGUGCAUAGCUCGGUGCCGCAGCAGCAGCAUUGCGGUGCCUUGCCCGUCGGCGGUGCAGCGGCUGUCAUUGAGGACAACAACUAUAUGCUGCCGGCGCGCAAGCGUUCGCGGCGUCUCUACACGCAGAGUGGAGAGAUUGAUUCGGCCGCCAUGCCCAGCAUGGAGGCGGGUAGCGGUGGCGGCAGUGCAGCAAGUGGUGCUGCUGGUCCAACGGCAGCGCAGUAUCUGCAAUAUGAGCUGGCGGAUGAAGUGCUUUUGGCCAUCUUUUCGUAUCUAUUGGAGCAGGAUCUUUGCCGGCUGGCGCUGGUCUGCAAACGUUUCAAUACCAUUGCGAAUGAUACGGAGCUGUGGAAGCGUUUAUAUCAAAGCGUCUUUGAAUAUGAUUUGCCACUCUUCAAUCCGGAACUCUGCAAGUUUGUCUUCGAGAAGCCGGAGGAGUCGGAGUAUGCAAAUCCGUGGAAGGAAAGCUUUCGCCAGCUAUAUCGUGGCGUACAUGUGCGUCCUGGCUAUCAGGAUAAACGUCUACCUGGACGCAGCAUUAUAUUCUUUAACACCAUACAAGCGGCGCUUGAUUAUCCAGAGGAGCGUGCCUCUGCAGCGUUUGCCUCGGGCCCCAGCGCUGGCAUUGGCGCUGCUCCGGCUGCAGUCAAUGCUGGCCUCUCUAAUACCAGCAGCGGUGCUGCCACAGGCGGCGGCGCCAGCGUCAAUGCCUUGGCCAACAUAUACGAGGAGCAUGUAACGCCCACAGAGCAUCCGGGUCCAUUGAUAUUUCUGCAUGCGGGCCACUACAAGGGCGAGUAUCUCUUCAUAGACUCUGAUGUGGCGCUUGUGGGCGCUGCACCCGGCAAUGUGGCCGAGUCUGUGGUGCUGGAACGUGAAGCCGGCUCAACGGUCAUGUUCGUCGAGGGCGCCAAGUAUGCCUAUGUGGGCUAUCUAACGCUCAAAUUCUCACCGGAAGUCACCUCAACGGUGUCGCAUCACAAGCACUAUUGUCUGGACAUUGGCGAGAAUUGCUCACCCACCGUGGACAAUUGCAUCAUACGCUCCACCUCUGUUGUGGGCGCUGCUGUCUGCGUCGGCGGCGUCAGCGCUAAUCCUGUCAUACGCAACUGCGAUAUCAGUGACUGUGAAAACGUCGGACUCUAUGUGACGGACUAUGCCCAGGGCACCUAUGAGCACAACGAGAUCAGUCGCAAUGCCUUGGCCGGCAUUUGGGUUAAGAACUUUGCCAGUCCCAUUAUGCGUGAGAAUCACAUACAUCAUGGACGAGAUGUGGGCAUCUUUACCUUUGAAAAUGGCAUGGGUUACUUUGAGAAAAAUGAUAUACAUAACAAUCGAAUUGCUGGCUUUGAGGUAAAAGCGGGAGCUAAUCCCACAGUGGUCAAGUGUGAGAUACAUCAUGGUCAAACAGGUGGCAUUUAUGUGCAUGAGAAUGGACUGGGCCAGUUCAUAGAGAAUCGAAUACACUCCAAUAACUUUGCAGGUGUUUGGAUCACCUCCAACAGCAAUCCCACCAUACGCAAGAAUGAGAUUUAUAACGGUCAUCAGGGCGGCGUGUAUAUCUUUGGCGAGGGGCGUGGUCUAAUAGAGCACAAUAAUAUUUACGGCAAUGCCUUGGCUGGCAUACAGAUACGCACCAAUAGUGAUCCCAUAGUGCGCCAUAAUAAGAUACAUCAUGGACAGCAUGGUGGCAUUUAUGUGCAUGAGAAGGGGCAAGGCUUGAUUGAGGAGAACGAGGUGUACUCCAAUACAUUGGCCGGUGUGUGGAUUACCACAGGCAGUACGCCAGUGCUGCGGCGCAAUCGCAUACACUCCGGCAAGCAAGUGGGCGUCUAUUUCUAUGACAAUGGGCAUGGCAAGCUGGAGGACAAUGACAUCUUCAAUCAUUUGUACUCCGGCGUGCAAAUACGCACAGGCAGCAAUCCAGUGAUACGUGGCAAUAAGAUUUGGGGCGGCCAAAAUGGCGGCGUGCUAGUCUAUAAUGGUGGACUGGGACUGCUGGAGCAGAAUGAAAUCUUUGACAAUGCCAUGGCAGGUGUUUGGAUCAAAACCGAUUCGAAUCCGACGCUGAAACGCAACAAAAUCUACGAUGGACGCGAUGGUGGCAUUUGCAUCUUCAAUGGCGGCAAGGGCAUACUCGAAGAGAACGAUAUAUUCCGCAAUACCCAAGCUGGUGUGCUGAUCUCAACACAAUCGCAUCCCAUAUUGCGACGCAAUCGCAUCUACGAUGGCCAAGCUGCCGGCGUUGAAAUAACCAACAAUGCCACCGCCACCUUGGAACACAAUCAAAUAUUCAAAAACAAAUUUGGUGGCCUGUGCUUGGCCAGCGGUGUGCAGCCCAUAACGCGUGGCAAUAACAUCUUCAACAACGAGGAUGAGGUCGAGAAGGCCGUCUCCAGUGGCCAGUGCCUGUAUAAAAUCAGUAGCUAUACAUCAUUUCCCAUGCACGACUUUUACCGCUGCCAGACCUGCAAUACAACCGAUCGGAAUGCCAUAUGUGUCAAUUGCAUUAAGAAUUGUCAUGCCGGACAUGACGUCGAAUUCAUUAGACACGAUCGUUUCUUUUGUGACUGCGGUGCGGGCACCCUUUCCAAUCAAUGCCAACUGCAGGGUGAGCCUACGCAGGAUACGGACACGCUCUAUGACUCAGCUGCACCCAUGGAAUCGCAUACAUUGAUGGUAAACUAGGGCAGCAAACAGCAACAAACACAACAGAGCACUCUAAAUAGUAUUUUAAUAAUUAAAAUUUGAAGCAGCAAGCAG